AAGUGAAGUAAAAGAAAAUUCAUAAAACUACUUUGCAGAACAUAAAGAAAUCGCCGCGGUUUAAUUGGAGUCUAACCAAGAAGAAUGAGGCUUUGGCAAUUUCUCGCUGUCUUCCUUGGAAGCAGCUUUGUCCUGUCAACACCUCAACAUGAAUCACCCGAUAAAAAAGCGUCGGACGAGAAGCGACAAUCGAUGGGUAAGGGACAGACAGAAGGUAUGAAAAAUGAUGAAUUCGGUGUAGCCUAUUUGAAUUCCCACAGCAAACAUAUGAAUAAAAGGCUUUCAGAUUCCGUAAAAUAUUCACCAAUUGGAAUGCACGUGCUACAUAGAAAAAGAAGCUUCGACACAUUAGGUGGGGCAUUUAUGCCACCAGGGGGAAAAAGAAACUUCGACUCAUUAGGUGGGGCAUUUAUGCCACCAGGUGGAAAAAGAAACUUCGACUCAUUAGGUGGGGCAUUUAUGCCACCAGGGGGAAAAAGAAACUUCGACUCAUUAGGUGGGGCAUUUAUGCCACCAGGGGGAAAAAGAAACUUCGACUCAUUAGGUGGGGCAUUUAUGCCACCAGGGGGAAAAAGAAACUUCGACUCAUUAGGUGGGGCAUUUAUGCCAGGUGGAAAAAGAAACUUCGAUUCAUUAGGUGGGGCAUUUAUGCCACCAGGUGGAAAAAGAAACUUCGACUCUUUAGGUGGAGCUUUUAUGCCAGGGGGAAAAAGAAACUUCGACUCUUUAGGUGGAGCUUUUAUGCCAGGUGGAAAAAGAAACUUCGAUUCAUUAGGUGGGGCAUUUAUGCCACCAGGUGGAAAAAGAAACUUCGACUCUUUAGGUGGAGCUUUUAUGCCAGGUGGAAAAAGAAACUUCGAUUCAUUAGGUGGGGCAUUUAUGCCACCAGGUGGAAAAAGAAACUUCGACUCUUUAGGUGGAGCUUUUAUGCCACCAGGUGGAAAAAGAAACUUUGACUCAUUAGGUGGGGCAUUUAUGCCACCAGGUGGAAAAAGAAACUUCGACUCUUUAGGUGGUGCAUUUAUGCCAGGUGGAAAAAGAAACUUCGAUUCAUUAGGUGGUGCAUUUAUGCCAGGUGGAAAAAGAAACUUCGAUUCAUUAGGUGGUGCAUUUAUGCCAGGUGGAAAAAGAAACUUCGACUCAUUAGGUGGAGCUUUUAUGCCAGGUGGAAAAAGAAACUUCGAUUCAUUAGGUGGAGCUUUUAUGCCACCAGGUGGAAAAAGAAACUUUGACUCAUUAGGUGGGGCAUUUAUGCCACCAGGUGGAAAAAGAAACUUCGACUCUUUAGGUGGUGCAUUUAUGCCAGGUGGAAAAAGAAACUUCGAUUCAUUAGGUGGUGCAUUUAUGCCAGGUGGAAAAAGAAACUUCGAUUCAUUAGGUGGUGCAUUUAUGCCAGGUGGAAAAAGAAACUUCGACUCAUUAGGUGGUGCAUUUAUGCCAGGUGGAAAAAGAAACUUCGACUCAUUAGGUGGGGCAUUUAUGCCAGGUGGAAAAAGAAACUUCGACUCAUUGGGUGGUGCAUUUAUGCCAGGAGGAAAACGUACUUUCGAUUCCUUGGGUGGAGGAAUUUUACCACUUCCGAGUGGUUGCUUGGGAAAACGUUCAUGUCAUUCCUUAAAUGGAAGACGUCUAUCUGCUGAGAGCAGUGCUGAUUCAUUGGAUGAUUCCGAUGGAAAACGUUCAUUUGAUUCCUUAGGGGGUGCAUUUAUGCCAAGUGGAAAGCGUACUUUCGAUUCCUUGGGUGGUGCUUUCAUGCCAGUUGGAAAGAGGAACUUUGACUCGUUAGGGGGUGCUUUUAUGCCAGGUGGAAAACGUACUUUCGAUUCCUUGGGUGGUGCUUUUAUGCCAGGUGGAAAGAGAAACUUUGACUCUUUGGGCGGGGCUUUUAUGCCAGGUGGUAAAAGAAACUUCGACUCGUUAGGUGGGGCAUUUAUGCCAGGUGGAAAACGUACUUUCGAUUCGUUAGGUGGAGCAUUUAUGCCAGGUGGAAAACGUACUUUCGAUUCGUUAGGUGGAGCAUUUAUGCCAGGUGGAAAACGUACUUUCGAUUCCUUGGGUGGUGCUUUUAUGCCAGGUGGAAAGAGGAACUUCGAUUCGUUAGGUGGAGCUUUUAUGCCUGGUGGAAAGAGACAAUUUGACACGCUAGAGGGAGGAAUUUCUCCGCCUGGUGGAAAGAGACAAUUUGACACGCUAGAGGGAGAAAUUUCUCCGCCUGGUGGAAAGAGACAAUUUGACACGCUAGAGGGAGAAAUUUUUCCACCUGGUGGAAAGAGACAAUUUGACACGCUAGAGGGAGAAAUUUCUCCGCCUGGUGGAAAGAGACAAUUUGACACGCUAGAGGGAGAAAUUACUCCGCCUGGUGGAAAGAGACAAUUUGACACGCUAGAGGGAGAAAUUACUCCGCCUGGUGGAAAGAGACAAUUUGACACGCUAGAGGGAGAAAUUUCUCCGCCUGGUGGAAAGAGACAUUUUGAAUCGUUAGGAAAAGCAUUUAUACCGCGGAAUGUUAAGAAACAAUAUGACAUGGAUAGUGACUGGAGACCAUUUGACACGUUAGGUGGAGCAUAUAUGCCUGAUUAUGGAAAGAGACAAUCUGACUCGUUAAGUGGAGCGCUUUUAACAGAAUCAGCUGAAAAACAAGGUAGUGGUGAUUCAGACCUGAAAAACUAAAACAGCAUUAUCAAUAUAUGUUGCCCUGUGGAAUGGAUUAACACAAAAUAACUUAAGGAACAGUUGUUAUUUGCUAUACUGUUUCGACGAAAAUUGAAAACAAAGCCUUUCUUUUAUUAUCCCUUCAAGAGUAGAGGAAGUUUUCUCACAAUCACAUACACUUACUACCAAAUACAUUCAGAACUUCGACUUCUGUUUUGAUUUAUUUACUGCUAAUAAUAUCAACAGAAAUGUAAAAGAUCUACUCUUUCUAGAGAUGUACUCUUAAUACAUCUCUGAUAACAAUUCACAACAGCCACGUCUGAAUCAGCGAGAGCAUUGAAAGAAAACAGUACUGUGUUUUUGGCGUUCGAUACCAGUAAUGAAAGUUCGCGAAAGACUUUUGAAGUUUCUAUCAAUUUUUUUCCCAACACAGUUGCUUCAUUUUCCUUCAUGUCCUUAUUUUUAAAUUUUUUUCUAAUAAAUCCUAACUGUUAUUAAUGGCA